AUGAGUAAAUCAUCAGCACCUGAUAAAAAACAAAUUCAAUAUGAUCGUCAACUUCGUCUCUGGGGUGAUCAUGGACAGAAUGCAUUAGAAUCUGCUCGUGUGUGUUUAAUCGGUGCUAAUACAUUAGGUACAGAAAUUCUUAAAGCUCUCGUUUUACCUGGUCUUGGUUCGUUUACAAUUAUUGAUCAUCAGUUAGUUACAUUAGCUGAUUGUGGUUCGAAUUUUUUUGUUCAUCCAUCUAAGAUUGAUGAAUCACGUGCACGUAUUACAUGUGAAUUUUUAACACAACUUAAUCCUGAUGUACAUGGUACAUAUAUUGAUAAGCCAUCUAUUGAUGAUUUACUUAAACAAAAUACAUUUAAUUUUAGUCAAUUUAAUAUUGUUAUUACAGCUAAUCUUCCAAUGCAAACAUUGUCUAUUCUUGCUAAUCAUUUAUGGACACUUAAAAUACCAUUAAUUAUUGCUCGAACUUAUGGUUUUAUUGGUACUAUUCGUCUUCAAGUAUUUGAACAUUAUGUUAUUGAAGCACAUCCUGAUGAUACAAUACCUGAUCUUCGUUUAGAUCGACCAUUAAUAACAUUUAGUAAUUAUUGUAAUUCAAUUCAUUUCGAUUGUUUAACACGUGAAGAACAUUUACAUCUACCAUCACUAGUUAUCUUAUUUAAAACAUUACAGCAAUGGCAAAAACAAUAUAAUCGAAAUGACUUACCUUGUACGCGUAUAGAAAAAGAUGAAUUUAAAAAAAUUCUUGAAAAGUUCUCACAUCAUUCAGCGUAUGAUAUUCAUGAUCAUAAUAAAUCUCUUGAAAAUUUCGAUGAAGCAAAACGAACAAUUCCAUCACGUCUUAUUAAAACGAAUCUUUCAUCAACAAUUAAAGAAUUAUUUCAAGAUCAAUCUUGUUUAGAAUUAACAAAUCAAACCGAAAUAUUUUGGUUUAUUAUUCAUGCAUUAAAAUUAUUUACUGAAAAUGAAGGACAAGGUUUAUUACCUGUUCGUGGUGAAGUACCAGAUAUGAUAACAAAUACAAAUUCAUAUGUAAAACUUGUUGAAAUCUAUCAAGAACAAGCAAAAAAAGAUUGUGAAAUUGUUCAUAAUUAUCUUUGUGAUUUAUUAAAAAAAUAUAAUCGUUUAUCAAAUCAUAAUCUUAAUUUACAUCAUCUUGUUCAAAUUUAUUGUAAAAAUGCAUCGUUUUUAAAAGUUCUAAGAACAACAGCAAUAAAAAAUGAAGAUGAUUUAAUAGAUAAAACAGAAUCAGAUCUUUCUUGGUAUAUUGGUUUACAUUUAUGUGAUAUAUUUUAUGAAAAAUUUCAUCGUUAUCCAGGUGAAUGUCUUUUAGAUGAAAAACAAUUUGAUAUAGAUUUAGAUGAUUUAAAACAAAUUAGUAAACAACAAUCUAGUAAGAAUAUAAUGAGUAAUAAUAAACAAGACAUACUUGAAGAAUUAUGUCGAUAUGGUGCAUCAGAACUUCAUUCAAUUGCUGCUUUUAUUGGUGGUUGUUGUGCACAAGAGAUAAUUAAAUUAAUAACACAUCAAUAUGUUCCUGUUGAUAAUACACUGAUUUAUAAUGGUAUUCAACAAGCCACAAGUGUAUUCAAACUUUAG